UAUUCCGUAAGUACCAAAAAUAGCAUAUGCAUUAAAAAUAUUUUGUAUUCAUCCUGUUUAUCACAAUCAUGCUUAUGCUGAACAUACAGCAUACUAUACAAGCAACUUAGCAUCGAGUCUCACACUCUUUUAUUUUAAUACUUUUCAAUUACUUCGUUUGGUGUUUUUUCGUUGUCGCAGUUUCGUGGGUUUACGCUUCACAUUUUUUGGAAAAUUACAUGAAUAAUUUAGAAAAUAUGUAAUAAAACUAUUAAAAAAAUAAAUAUGAAUGUUUAUAUAAAUGUUUACUAUAAAUUUUAUGUGAACACUUUUCAAAAUGUUAAAAAAAUGGUAAAUAAAAAUCUUAAAACCUGAAUGGUGUAAAGAAAAUUUAUAUUCUGUGUGUGCGUAUUUUGUGCAAGUGUUUGUAUCGGUAAGCGCCAAGAAAAUGUUCCAAAAGAUAACGCAAUUUAAGUGAAAACCGAAAUAAAGAGCAAAGCGAAUGAAAUGUGUAAAUAAAGUCAAUGUAAAAACAAAGUAGAAACAAUAUAUAUAAGGAAGAUUUUGUAAAAAUUUGCAAGAGCGGCAGUGUUGCAUUCCAUCAAAGCAAUAAAAUGUUGUGUUUGUUUCAUUAUUAAUUUGCAAUCAGAAAAUUCAAAAUCUAAAAUUUUAUUGUUUUAUUAUAUGUCCACGAAGUAUAUUUUGCUACAUAUUCUUAACAAACAUUGUCCACAGAUUUUUAAUACGACAUUUAAAUAAAAAACAAAAGAUGCAACAAUGAAAAGCAGCUACCAGCGAUUAUUAACAAACACUAAGACAUCAAUAACAAUUUCUAAAAUUAACGAAGGGUUGACUAAAUAUCUAAGGAUUGCCAAUAUCUAAAGCUGAAAUAAAAAUUUGAAGUAAAUGAAAACUAUGUAAGACGCUGCAUAAGAAGGGGUAAAACGAAUUUUAAUUCACUACAUAACUUUACAAAAAGUUGUCAUAAAAAGACAGCAAACGGAAACCAACCACAUGCAAGAAUAAAAAUAUUACUAUUAAACUACACGCUACACAGGAGGGAAUCUUAAAUGAGAAAAACUUGAAAUAUAAACAGUGAAACCAAAAAAGUCUCAUUUUAAGUUGAAAAACAACUUAAAUCCAAAUAAGAGAGAGAAACACAAUGCACCUUAAAUAGAGAGUGAAAAAGUCAGAAUAAAUAAACAAAAACGAGCAGGGAUAGUGCACUUUAAAGUCAAGAAAAAAACUAUUUUAAAGGAGAAGAAUCAAGAAAGUCGUAUCGUUAGCGUUGGUCACGCGAGAUACGGUAACAAAUAGGGAACAGCAAGCUGUUAUAUUCAAAAACAGUAAGAAAAGAAAAAUAUUUGAAAGGCAGCUGUUUGUUGUUGGCUGUUUGCCUUUCGUGCAAUUUCAACGUUUUAUUCCCAAGGGAGAGUAGAAUAGGUGAGAGCAAGUAACCUGAAACAUACUCUUGUGUAUAGUAAAUUUGCUCACCUCAUAUUUCGAAUAAACGCGGUGUUUAAACGCGAAAAAUUAAUAGUUUGGCGAACAUUAUCAGGUUUCUUGAUAUUGUUCUUAGUCACAACUGUUAAGGAAAAGUGCGGCACAGCACCUUUGUGUGCCGCCGUGAAAAAUUUGCAAAUGCAAAUUUUAUGUUAUUAUGGGCCGUUCCAAGUUUCCAGGGAAACCAUCAAAGUCGAUUAAUCGUAAACGCAUUAGUGUGUUGCAAAUUGAUGAUGAGGGGUUGGCAGAGCAGCAGGAAAACACGACAGACGUGCCCACAAAUCGUAGCAAUAGAAGCAACAACAACGAUGAUGAUGAUAAUGAAAAUGAUACGAGAAAUGGUGGUAGUACCAGUAAUGGAAGGGUUGCUGAUGCAAGUAGUACUGACGGCGCAAGUGGAUCGCAAAGUAAUCAAAAUGUAAACGGUAAGAAUACUGAAGAUGGCAAAAGUUCAAAUGGCGAUAGUGGUUGCGCAGGUAAUAGCAAUAGUAAUAGUGUAACCGAAUCAAGUUUGGAGUUAUACAAUGAUGCGCUACCUUUAAGUGAUGAAACUGACGACGAUAGAAGCAAUGAUAAAUCUCGUGAAAUGUAUAAAAACAAAAAAAAAGAAGAAGAGGAAAAAAAUGCUAAAGAAAACAAUGAAAAUUAUACAAUUGCAGCAAAUAAAAGAUCUUUACAAUCAAUAACAACGAUGCCAUCCUUAUAUACUGAUGUUUCUACACCAACAGUAAUGGCCUGUGGUAACAAAACCUGUAACAGAAAAUUCAAAACUUUUAACCUUACCAAGGCAGAUAUGAUGAGACCUUCCUUUCCUAAAGUGAAACAACAGCAACAGAUAAAAAUAGAUUCUCCUGCAUCCUUUACAGGAAAGCCUGUUGUUAUAGAGUCUAAGGCAAUUAUUGAGACUGAUGCUGAUGACGAUUCAAUGGAUGACUACAGUACAACAUUAUUGGUAACAUCUGCUAAUUCUAAAAUUGAAACAAAAUCCAGUGACAUAAAUCUUGAAUCAUCGAAAACAUCAAACGACAACAAAAAUGUUUGCACUACUAAAUUAAACGUUAACGAUAACACUAAUAAUCAAAACAAUCUUAAUAAUAACUGUACACCAUCUACCAGUUCAAAAGUUGUUACUACUACGAAGCAAAAGAAAACUGUGACUUUUAAAAAUAUAUUGGAAACAAGCGAUGAUAAAAGUGCUGUCAAAAAAAUGUACAAUCCAGAUAAUCGUCGACCACUUGUGUCAAUUAUGAAAAAGGAAUGCAUAUAUCGACCAAAUUUAUAUACGCGGAAUAGUGAAUGUAUUGUACGACCUUCUAGAUUAACUGAGAUUUUGAAAAACAAUUCAAACAUAGACAAAUUAAACUCUUUGAAAUUCCGUUCAUCCACAUCAAGUACUUGUGUUUCUUCUUCUAACACAACAUCUAAUGAAUCUAGUACAUUAAAUUCAUUAUUUGGUGGUGGCUUAUCAAGAGCUUUUGGAGCACCAAUAGCUGAUGAAGACAAUAUGCAUAAUAUAGUCACAUUUCGCGUUAAAGCAGAUUCUCCGACACGGGAUUCUAAAUCUGAUACUAGUAGCAGAGAUAACAAUGAUGAUAAUAAGCUCAACGACGACGGUGAUGGAGAUAAUGCAGAAGAUGAUGAAGACGAACAGCAAAUGAUUGUAGAUAAACUCUUUGUCUUACCUAAGCGUAGUACACGAUCGUCGAGAGUCAUAAAACCUAACAAACGUCUAUUGGAAGAUGGAAUUAUUUGUAAAAAAAGUGCAAAUAAAACAAAAGUAAAUGGUUCUACUAUGCAGAAAAAAGAUCAGUCAAAUUAUUUUUGUUUGCGAGAAGAUUGCAAUAACACAAAACUUAAUUUAGGUAACAAAACUUCAAAAGAGCUCUCCGAACCAAAAUCUACAUUUGCUUUGUCCACAUCACAAUUCCCAAAGUAUAGUCACUUAAAAGCAAAUAGUUUUGUUUUACGACAGCCACGUUUACAUAUUUACGAAUCAGUUUCUGAUCGUGCGAACACUUCACAAACUACGGGUACAUCACCAACACCAAAAGGCGUAACAUCAAAAUCAUUAACUCAAUCAGUUUGCUCAAAUUCUCAUUUGAAUAGUACAUCAACAUUUUCGUUAAGUGCUCCUAAUAACCCACUUAAUAGCGCUAGUUUAAGCAAUUCGACUUCUUGCAGCGUAUGUUCAGCAAUUAUUAUUAAUAAAAAUUUGCAAGAGGCUCGUAAAUAUGGAGUACUAGCCUGUGAGGCGUGUCGAAAAUUUAUAUCGAAAAUUAAUAAGAAAUCAAUUGCAUCUAGCGGCAGUCCAUCAAAAAAGUAUUUACAAUUGCUAUGUAAAGGGGAUGGUAACUGUAAUUUAUUGUCUCAUUCCAAAAAUCAUAUUCGAAAUUUUAAAAAGAUUUAUAAAGAACGCUGCUCUGCAUGUUGGUUAAAAAAAUGUAUUCAAAUAUUUCAUUUUCCGUCUGGGCACAAGUUGCGAUUAAGCAAUAUUUUACCAGUUAACAUGAUAAAACAGAAAGAUUCGUUAAUACAAAUAUCCCCAACAGACACUUGUUAUCGAAAUGACACUGAAUUACUUUCACCAACUGGACUAUUUUUGUCUCAAAGGCUUACUACUCCAGGGCAAAUUAAAUGGAAAUCUUCAAUUGAUGUUGGAAUUGAAAUGAAAAUAAAUUUAAAAAAUAACCCUUUGGCAGAAAAUAAUGUAACAUUCGGUACAUCACCAUUAUUAAGACCACCAAUACUAGAAAAAUCGAUUUUUACAAAAAAUAUAGAACAACAAAAAGUUGAAAAAGUAAAAAAACUGGAGAAUUCAGAUUUAACACCAGAAGACGAUUAUUUAAAAAAUCGAAACAAGGUUAAUGAAAACGGUCAUAAAUUAAGUAAAAGUAAACGUAAAGAAAAACAAGAUAAAGAUAUACUAAAUAAAUCAACAACGAACAUCUCAAAAUAUGUAUCGAAAGGAAUAAUGUCAGAGAUUAUCAAUACAUCGCUAACAAGUAGUGGAAAUCCUUUGUUAUUAUCUGCUCAAAUCAUACCUUCACCAUCAACCCAAACUGCAGUUGACUUUUCUGGUCCAAUAUCUACGGUUAAAAGUACAUUGUCAUAUUCGUCAAUUUCAACAUUGCCCACAACAACAGCAUCAGCUUCUACUUUAGCAGAUACGCAUAAAAGACAGAGAAUUGAUUUGAAAGGUCCACGUGUAAAGCAUGUUUGCCGAAGUGCGUCAAUUGUUCUUGGCCAACCUUUAGCUAUAUUUGACGAGGAAAAUGAUUUGAGUACAGAUCAACCGCGUAUCGAUGAGUCACUUGUAGCAGCUUCUAAAAAUACAGAUAUAACAUUCUGUAAAGAUGAAAAUUAUACAAAUAAACAGAAUAGUGUAACUGUUGAAAAUGAAAAUUGUUCCUCUUGUAGAUUAGAAACAAACUCUAAACCACAUUGCACAAAUGAUUCUGCAACUAAACAAGUAGAUGAAAUUACACAACCAUCAUCCUCAAAAUCUUCUAACCUUUUAGAUCAAGAAAUGACAGAAGAAAUUAAUUCCGAAAAAGGAUCGGUACUGCAUAUUUCCAAAAUUGACACACGUAACAUAAAUAGUAACCGCAAUAUUACAAUUAAUAACAAUAAUAAUUUGUCAGUUCAGAAAUCAAACACAACUUUCCCAUCUGUUGUUGGCCAAAAAUAUAUGAAUUUUCAACAUCAUCAUCAACAACACUUACCUAAACGCAAGGAAUUAUGUAAAUCAAAACUAUUAAUAUCUAUUGAUUUUUGGGAAAACUACGAUCCCGCUGAAGUAAGCCAAACUGGAUUUGGUUUAAUCGUUACUGAGACAGUUGCGCAGCGCGCUUUAUGUUUUUUAUGUGGUUCAACUGGACUAGAUGCAUUAAUUUUUUGUGCUUGUUGCUGUGAACCUUACCAUCAGUAUUGUGUAUUAGAUGAGUAUAAUUUAAAGCAUUCCUCUUUGGAUGAUACAAUAGCCAGUAUUUUAGAUACGUCAACUUUAAUGCUUCAUACUAAUACAAAUAACAUGAAUCAAAUAACUAAUCGUUUGAAUUGGUUAUGUCCACGUUGCACAGUAUGCUAUACUUGCAAUAUGUCUUCGGGUUCUAAAGUGAAAUGUCAAAAAUGUCAAAAAAAUUAUCAUUCAACAUGCUUAGGAACUAGCAAAAGAUUGCUUGGAGCUGAUCGACCAUUAAUUUGUGUUAAUUGCUUGAAGUGCAAAUCUUGUUCAACAACGAAAGUUUCGAAAUUCGUCGGCAACUUACCAAUGUGUACAUCAUGUUUUAAGUUACGAAAAAAAGGAAAUUAUUGUCCUAUAUGUCAAAAAUGUUACGAAGAAAAUGACUUUGAUCUAAAAAUGAUGGAAUGCGGUAAUUGUAAUCAAUGGGUUCAUUCAAAAUGUGAAGGACUAACAGAUGAGCAAUACAAUUUGUUAAGUACUCUUCCAGAGUCAAUCGAAUUCAUAUGUAUUAAAUGUGCAAAACAGACAGAAAAUUCUAAACAAAGAGCAUAUGAAUGGCGUCAAGCUGUUACUGAGGAAUUUAAAACGAGUCUUAUGAGUGUUUUAAAGCUUCUCAGUAAGUCUCGCCAGGCUUGUGCUCUACUUAAAUUAAGCCCAAGAAAAAAAAUUAUGUGUACUUGUGGUGGUAAUGGUAAAAUCCAACCAAAAUGUUUGCAAUUCAAUAAUGAACGCGAUCCGCGGUGUAGUGAUGGAGAAUCUCAAUGUAGUGAAGAUAUAUAUGAAUUUAAUGAAAAUUUUAUUGAAGAUAAAGGUAGAGAAAAGUGUAUCUGUGUUAAUACAUUGAACUCAAAUUCAUAUAAUGGAAAUCAAAAUAAUAAUCUUAGCUUAGUGGAUAUAAAACGUAAGAUUAUUAGUAACGAAUACGUUUCACUAGCAGAAUUUAAUUACGAUAUGAAUAAUGUAAUACAAAUUGCUAACUGUGAUGAACUGGUUAUUGCUUAUAAAGAAAUAUUGAGUGAACAAUUUCCAUGGUUUCAAAAUGAAACAAAAGCUUGUACAGAUGCACUGGAAGAGGAUAUGUUUGAAUCAUGUUCAUAUAUAAUAAAUAAUUCACUAGAGUCUCAAAAUUUUAACAAUGAGCAUCAGAAUCGAUCUAUUAUUGAUUUACCUGAAAAUGUUGAUAGUAUGAUUUAUUCUCUUAAAGCACGUAAAGACAUGCGCGUUUGCCUCUUCUGUCGCAAAACUGGAGAAGCAGAAUCCAGUAAAGAAUCUCGUUUAUUAUAUUGUGGACAUGAUUGUUGGGUCCAUACAAAUUGUGCUAUGUGGUCGGCUGAAGUGUUUGAGGAAAUUGAUGGUUCAUUACAAAAUGUACAUAGUGCAAUAUCACGUGGUAGAAAAAUCAGAUGUACUGUCUGUGGAAAUAGAGGGGCGACAGUAGGUUGCAAUGUUAAAUCAUGCGGAGAACACUAUCACUUUCCAUGUGCUCGCAGUAUUAAUUGUUUCUUUUUGGUGGAUAAAACUGUUUUCUGUCCAGACCACGCAGGAGAUGCGUCUAAUGCUAAAACGUUAGCAACAACUGAAACUAAUUUCAAUGUAACAAGACCAGUUUACGUGGAACUAGAUCGCAAAAGAAAUAAACUUGUUGAACCCUCAAAGGUUCAGUUUCAUAUUGGUUCACUGGAGGUAAAACAAUUGGGGACACUGAUACCCAAAUUUUCUGAUACUUACGAAGCCAUUAUACCUAUAAAUUUUCUAUGCUCUCGUCUUUAUUGGUCAUCUAAAGAGCCUUGGAAAAUAGUGGAAUACACAAUAAAAACAACAAUACAAAACAAUUUUUCGACAUUAACUGCUUUUGAUGCUAGCAGAAAUUUCACUAUUGAUCAUACUAAUCCAAACUCUUCAAUGGUACAAUUGGGCCUUGCACAAAUUUCACUUUGGCAUAAUAGUUUAACACGCGGAAAUAUUGCAGAUAUUGAAAAUACAGAUAUUGUUAAUUUACGAAAUUCAACUUUAACUAAGCUUCUUCCGGAAUUCCUAUCUAAUAAUCAGAACUCUUCAUCAGCAACGGAUGAAAAUAACGAAGAAGAACCACAAAAUAAUGCCGAUUUAUUUCCUCCUGAAAUUAAAGAUGCUAUUUUUGAGGAUUUACCGCAUGAAUUACUGGAUGGCAUUUCCAUGUUAGACAUAUUCCCCAAAUUUAUGAUAUGUGAAGAAAUGGGCAAUUCUGAUGGCAAAACCGAAAUGUUUCUAAAUGAGCAGUCUAAAGAUAGUGCACCAAAUACGGUAACAAAUUCUAAUGUACAAAUAUCUGAUGAUGAUACUGUAAACUCAGCUUUUAGUAAACAGAAUGAGUUAAAUAAUUCUUGGUCCUCAAAUAACCUAAUUGUCAAUCAUGUAGAAGACGCAUUACUGUCGGCUACAAGAUCAAGCAAUCAAAUAAAACGAACUUUUAACAGUAGCGAUAUUCAACGAAAUAAAUCAGAGCUGUUAAAAAGAACACCACAACAACGUACUUGGUCAAAAAUUGAUGGAAAUAGUGCGGCAGCUGCUAUAAAGAGACGUAAAUUUUCUAAAAACUUACAAGAGAUGCGUGUUACGGAAGGUGUUUUGUUUAGCAUAAAUCAACAACGCUGUAAAAAGGAUGCAACAACAGUACAAGCACUCAGCAGACGCCAAUCUCAAUCGAACGAUGUAGAAAUGAAUAAUACAUUAAGAACAAAACAAUUUAUAUGGAGUGCUGCAAAGCAUAUCGAAACAAAAUUAAAUAUUGAAAGAGAUGAUAAAAUAAAACUUAUGCAGGUGGAUGGUGUUGAUGACUCCAUUACCGAAUAUAGAAUUUUUGGUACAGAUACUCAAUUCAGUGGGACUGUUAAAUGUGAUCGUUGUCAUUGCACUUACCGAACUUAUGAAUCAUUUCAACGUCAUAUAACAAAUUGUGAGCCAUUAUCAACAAGUGAAUCAGAAUCUGAAACUACUCCUAGAACUCCGGAAUCAGCAACAUGUCAGAUAAUAUCUGCAGAUGCAAUCAGCGAGUUAAAUAAACUAAAUCAAGGGCAUCGCACCGCAACGUUGGCGAACGUCGCUGGAAAUUUGCCAUUUAUACAAACGUUUCCACAAGCUGUACCUUUAAACAAUAUUCAAAGCAGUAUAAAUAGUAUACCUUUAACAAAUAUGUCAAAUAUACAAAAUGUACAAGGCUUGCAAAAUAUACAAGGACUACAAAAUUUGCAAAGUUUGCAAAAUAUACAAAUUCAAAAUAUACAACCACAAACGAUUGGAAGUAACUUCUUUAUUUCACAUUCCCAUCCUACUACAUCAAAUUCAGAUGAGCUACAAUUUUUUUCAAAUUCUUUACAAGGAUUAACUUCGAAUCUAAACGGUACUUAUACUAUAGCACCAACAAGUACAUUUGGCGCAACUGCUAUUCAACCAGCACAACAACAACAAACACAACUUAUUGCAGUUUCUACAAAUCCAGAUGGUUCACAGCAAAUAAUACAAUUACCACCUGUAAACACUCAAAAUUCACAAAUACUACAAAAUUCAGGAGCGUUCCAAACAUUGCAAACAAGUAAUGAUAAAAAGAUUAUUCUACCUUUAGGAGGUAAAUCCAUUAAAGCUUUAGGAAUAAAGGGUAAUCAACAACUAGCAACAAAUUUGAAAGGCAAAAUAAAAUCGAAUAAUGUCAUAAAACCGAUACAAACAAAAGUAUCAGCACCCAAUACUACGGUUGCCCAACAAACUAUACAAGCACAACAAUCACCGAUCACAGUACUUAAUACAGGCGCAGUUACUCAAAAUACUGCUCAGCUACUAAAUAAUAGUAUUAUGCAACAAAUGCAAGCAGCUAGUAUGAGUUCAAGUGCACAACAACCUCAAAUUUUAUUCCAAACUGCGAAUACCACAACACAACAACAACCAAUCAUAAUGCAACAAGUUGGUGCAGCCACAAACUCGACUGUCCCUCAAAAUAUUAUAUCAUUUGUAACUACUGAUGGAACUCAAAACCCACAAGUGCAAUAUUUAUCUCUUCCUCCGAGCAAUGAUUUUAAAACUCAAACCCAAACAACCCCCUUCAUUACCGCAACAAACACCAAUCCCCAAAUUAUGCAAGGUGCGUUUAUUCAAACAGAUCCUAGUGGAAAUCUUGUUCUUACAACUUCACAAGCACCUACAGGAUUACAAAUGCUAUCAGCAACACCGCUAAAUAUUACACAAGCAACUCAACCGCAACCACAAGUAAUAGGUACGUUAAUACAACCACAAACCAUUCAACUGGGUGGAAAUGUUAUAACAGCUGCAGAUCCACCCCAGCAACAAGUAAUUUUAGGAGGUGGGACAAGUGGAUUAGAAAUGUUAGCUGCUGCAAAUGCAUCCGCGCCACAAGUUAUACUUGCUACACAGCCGAUGUAUUACGGACUCGAAACAAUUGUCCAAAAUACCGUGAUGUCGUCUCAACAAUUUGUUUCGACUGCUAUGCCUGGUGUUCUUAGCCAAAACGCCAGUUUUUCGGCAACUACAACACAGGUGUUUCAAGCAAGUAAAAUUGAACCAAUUGUAGAUAUACCAACUGGUUAUGUUGUAUUGAAUAAUGUUGAUACAGGAGCAUCUAUAGUACAACAGCAAGGUGCACAACAAGCCAACUAUCUAAAUUCAACUACAAAUGUACUCCAACAACCACAAUCAAUCCAUAAUGCGCAUCAAUCAACAACUGCAACAGAAACUCAGAACAAUAAUGUUGCCGAUCAGCAACAUUCGAUUUAUAGAAUACAAACAUCUAAUGAUAAUUCUAAUUUUUCAUAUCAUAAUCAACAAUCACAGCAAUUUGUAGAGCAAACUGUUAAUCAACAACAACCGACAGUUCAAAUAAUUACAGCUAAAGUACCACCAGUGUCACAAAUGAAGCGGAACACAGGAAAAGCAACUCCUAUAGCUGCAGUAACCAAAGUUCAACCACAAGUUAUUAAUAAAGUUGUACCAACAACAAAUAAUAAACUUAAUAAUAAUAAACAAACAAGUCAACAUAGCCGAAUACCCUCGCAAAUAAUUGUUGAUUCAGGGCAUAUUGCAGCAGCACAAACACAAAUGAAAACAUCAAUAAAUACGAACAUUAAUAACUGUAACCCAUUAAAGGCUCAUCAGAAUGUCGAUACUCAAAAAAUAUUUACAACACCCUGUGUUACAACAGUUCCUGCAACAAUUGCCACAAAACCUUUACAAAUAGCAACUACAACUAAGAAAACAAAUUUUAUACGUCCCAUUCAUAAGGCAGAAAUAAAACCAAAAAUCAUUAAAACUGCUACAAUUUCAAAACCAAAUUUGCAAAGACAGAUACUGCAACAGCAACAGCAGCAACAGCAGCAACAACAACAACAACAACAACAACAACAACAACUUAUACAAUCUAUAAAUGACAAUUCUAAAACUGUUUUGCUCAAACCAAUUCAAGAUACACAAAAUUCUCAACAGACCGAAAUAAAUGCAACAAUCGAAACUAAUAAAAGCAUGGAAUUGAAACCAGUUUUGAACCAGCAAUAUCAACAAUUAAAUGAAUUUAUAAAUGAGACAGGAGAGUACAGUUUUGGUGUUGUAGUUCAGAACGAAGCCGAUCUUCAAAUUGAAACCCCUUCAAAAACAAUUAAUGAAAGCAUAAUAAAUAACCCCUACGAUUUCAGCCAGCAACAGCAACACAGUGAGUGCCAAAAUAUGCAGCAACAGAAAUGUUACAGCAUCGAAAUUACUAAGGAUCAGACUGAAAUCUUUAACCAACAUCAACAAGAAAUGAAUGCAAUAACUAACAACAGUAUAAAUCAAAAUCGUUCGCAGUACUGCAACUCAACAUUUAAUGCGAAUGUUCCUACAAAUAUUGUCAAUCCCCUACAACAGAGUACACAAUAUACAAUUACAACCAACACUACUAAUAAUAUUCAUUCAAACUCCACCACAUUAAUAUCAAGACCCACAAAUCGCGUUUUACCUAUGCAACAAACUCCGAAUCAAACCACAACAACUUCAACAGCUAAAACUGUUGCGAAAACUAUUAAUGACGUUUCAAAAUUGUACAAUGACAUUACCAGCAAAGUUUGUUAUGAGUCAGAGGUUAAGAAAGAUGAGGACUCGCUAUUGCAAAUUCAAAUGAAUUCACCUCAUCUGCAGUCACCACAUCAAAUAUUUCAUUUACAUGAACAAGAUGAUAAUGAAACCUUUAAUAAAUCGGUUUCAGUAACUGAAUUCGUUGAUAAUACACUCAAAUGUGAUUUAGAAGGUAUGGAAAAUGAAACAAGUUUAACUACGCAGCAAAUCGAAAUCGUUGCAAAUGAUUUGCAAGAUUACGCCGCUAACUGUUUGCUCAUUUCUGAAAAGGAUAAGAUUCCUUCGACGAUAGUAUCACAAAAUUUUAGUGAAAUCAAUUGCACAUCUGGACCUGAAAUUAUGAAUGUUAUUGAACAAGACGACGAUGAUGAUGAUGGGUUCAGUAUAAAAAUGCCAACAGAGGAAAUGUCAGAUAGUGAUGAACCCACAGUUAAAGCAAAAAUUAACAAAAUUCUUGAUAACCUAACAAAUGAUGAUUGCAACGACUCUAUUGCUGCAGUAACAACUGUUGAAACUUGUGCUGAAUUAAGCAAUGUUAAAUAUAUAAACAGUCAAAUAUGUGAAAAUAAUACAUUACAAUCAACCACUACUGAAGAAGCAAACUUUGGCAAUGGAAAUGCAUCAGAAACAAUAGUAGCUGCAGCUAAUAAUCUUAUGACACAAAUAGACAAUGACAUAAAUGUGGGGAUUUCUCAACAAAUUAAUAAUAUAAACUUUGAUAUGAAAAAAAUUCAAGUAAAAUUAUCACCUCAUUUAAAAUCGAAUAAAGUACCUGCAAUUAUAAUUGAUAAUGAGUCAAGUAUUUCAAAUGAACCCACAACCAAAAUGGAUGAAAUGAAUAGUUUGAAGACUGAAACGCAAUUUCCACCACCAUAUCCAAGUCGUGAACCGAAGAAGAUUACCGGUCCUCAUUUGUUAUAUGAGAUUCAAAGUGAUGAUGGUUUUAUAUAUAAAUCAACUUCAAUAACAGAAAUUUGGGAGCAAGUAUUUGAAGCAGUACAAGUAGCUCGUCGAGCACAUGGAUUAGUACCUUUGCCUGAAGGUCCGUUAGCCGAUAUGUGCGGUGUGCAAAUGAUUGGACUAAAAACAAAUGCCUUAAAGUAUUUAAUUGAACAAUUGCCAGGUGUAGAAAAAUGUCAAAAAUACACCCCAAAAUACCAUAAAUAUGAUUCAUUACUAUCACAAUCAGUUGCAUUUCCCGCUGCGUCCACAAUUUCCAGUAUAUCUACGAACGGCAUUUCUUCUAUUAAUGAUAUAAAUUCUACAAUCGAUUAUUUAUCUGAUCAGGAAGACAUACAAGAAAAUCUUUUUGGGUGUGCUAGGUUGGAACCCUUUUCAAAACGUUCCGACUAUGAUAUGUUUAGUUGGUUAGCAUCAAGACAUCGGAAACAACCAAUACAGGUUUUUUUGCAGCCAUCAGAUAAUGAGUUAAUGCCAAGGCGUGGUACUGGAAGUAAUUUACCAAUGGCUAUGAAAUAUCGAACAUUGAAAGAAACUUAUAAAGAUUAUGUUGGUGUGUUUCGUUCACAUAUACAUGGUCGUGGUCUUUACUGCACUAAAGAUAUAGAAGCAGGUGAAAUGGUAAUUGAAUAUGCCGGAGAACUCAUCCGUUCAACGUUGACUGAUAAACGUGAACGUUGUUAUAAUAGUCGUGGUAUUGGCUGUUAUAUGUUCAAAAUUGAUGAAAAUCUCGUUGUUGAUGCUACAAUGCGUGGGAAUGCUGCACGUUUCAUAAAUCACUCAUGCGAGCCCAAUUGUUAUUCAAAAGUGGUCGAUAUACUUGGACAUAAGCAUAUAAUCAUAUUUGCGUUGCGCCGUAUUGUACAAGGCGAAGAGCUUACCUAUGACUAUAAAUUUCCAUUUGAAGAUGAAAAAAUUCCUUGUUCCUGUGGAUCAAAGAAAUGUCGCAAGUAUUUAAAUUGAGUUACAGCGAUAUAAACACAUCAAUUCCUGUUCAUCUUCAUACAUGUACAAUGACACGAAGACUUUAUGAGCAGAAUGGUCCGUUAGAGUUGGGACCAGUUUUAUCUGAAUUUAGUUGUGCAGUGGAAUAAAUUCAUUCAAUGUAUCAUUACGAACGGAAAUACACAAAUUUCCAAAACAACAUUUUAUUACUUUUAGCCUUUUGACUUGAAAAAAAUAGACGUGUAAAAGUUAAAAGAAACACAUUAAAUUGCUAGCACGACUACUGAAGAUAUUGAAUUAAUUGUGAAAGUAAAAGUCAAGUACGAAAUGAUAUUAUAAUAACAAGGGACGUGUCAG